CCCCGCCCGUACGAACCACCGCCAAACCGUCUAGGUGUUUUACUUUUAUCCUCAAAGGCCUAGGGUUUUUUUUGGAGAUGACGUAGGGUUUCUUUUGUUUGUUUUUUAGCAGAUGGCCUAGGGUUUUAUCAAAGCCGACUUCACAGAUACGCACACAUUACCUGUAGAUAUCAAUCCAUCUCAUCUCUGCACCAUCGCCGUUUUUACAGUGAGAAGUGAAACGACGAAUAGAAAUAGAAAGAAGAAAUGUCUGAGUUCGACAGGAGGUAUGCCAGAAAUGGUGAGAAUUACAACGAUUAUCCCAAACAAGAUUUGCCUUGUGAUGUUUUCGAAGACGAAAACAUUCGGCACCAGCAUUUCUCACGCGAUUCUGAAAGAGAAGGGGCAAAAAGCAAAGAGAAAGAGCGGGAGAGGGAUAGGGACAGCGAUCUGCAUAGGGACCAUUACAGGGACCGUGGUGAGAGGGAAGACAGAGGUAGAGGGCGAACAGAAGAUCGUGAGCGUCAUAAAAGUCACGAUUAUGAGAGGCAUCGGGACCAUGACCGUGAUAGGGAACGGAGGCACAGACAUAGAUCACGUUCUCGCUCGAGGGGAAAGUCAAGACAUCGAUCUAAGUCCAGAUCCCGCUCACGAUCACGCUCCAAAAGCAAACGAGCAAGUGGUUUUGACAUCGCACCUCCUGGUGCCGCAACCAUGAUGACCGGGGCAGCUUUGCCAGGCCAAGCUACAGGAAUUUCACAGCCUGUUCCGGGGAUGUUUCCUAACAUGUUUCCAUCUGGAAACACCCAGUUUGGAGGUCUCCCUGUAAUGAAUGUACAAGCCAUUACACAGCAGGCCACACGGCAUGCAAGACGCGUAUAUGUUGGUGGGCUUCCUCCAACGGCUAAUGAGCAGAUGAUUGCCACGUUUUUUAGCUGGGUUAUGGCUACCAUUGGAGGAAAUACUGCAGGUCCAGGUGACGCUGUUGUAAAUGUGUAUAUUAACCACGAAAAGAAGUUUGCUUUUGUUGAGAUGCGCACAGUCGAAGAAGCCAGCAAUGCUAUGGCCCUGGAUGGCCUCUUGUUCAAUAAUGUUACUGUGCGCGUGAGGAGGCCAAGCGACUACAAUCCCUCUUUAGCAGCAGCGCUGGGUCCAAGCCAACCCAGUCCCCACCUUAACCUAGCAGCAGUUGGUCUGACGCCAGGUACUAUCGGGGGAGCUGAAGGUCCUGAUCGCAUUUUUGUUGGUGGCUUGCCAUAUUACUUCACAGAACCGCAGAUACGGGAGCUGUUGGAAUCUUUUGGGCCACUUCGAGGAUUUGAUCUUGUCAAAGAUAAAGAUACCGGCAAUUCAAAAGGUUACGCGUUUUGCGUGUACCAGGACCCAGCCAUGACAGAUAUUGCAUGCGCCGCCCUAAAUGGACUUAAAAUGGGGGAUAAAACUUUGACUGUUCGUCGUGCUACACUCGGCAGUGGUCAACCAAAACCAGACCAAGAGAGUUUCUUCGCGCAAGCUCAACGACAGAUAGCUUUACAGAAGACUAUACUUCAAGUUGGGGCUUUUGGACCUGCUGAAGUACCCACGAAAGUUGUUUGCUUGACACAGGUUGUGUUACCAGAUGAGCUGAGGGAUGACGCUGAAUUUGAGGAAAUAAUGGAAGAUAUGAGAGAAGAAUGCGGAAAAUAUGGAUCAGUAGUUAAUCUUGUAAUUCCGCGGCCUGAACCAAGUGGUCAAUUAACUCCGGGUGUAGGGAAGGUCUUUGUGGAAUACUUCAAUACUGAUGCUUCUGCUAAGGCAAAAGCUUCCCUGAAUGGAAGGAAGUUUGGUGGCAAUUUUGUCGUGGCAGUCUAUUAUCCAGAAGACAAAUUUUCAAGGGGCGAGUAUGAUUAAUGAGAAUGGAAAUAAAUAUCAUUUUUGUCAAAAUGUUGAUUAUAUGUUACUUUCACUUUGUAUAUGAUAGAUCUGAUGAGAAAAUGUUGUUGAGAGCAGUUUUGUAUGUUACAUUUCAAUCAUUCGUAGCGGGUUAUAUGCUAUACUGUUUGCCAGUUCCUAGCACCCAUUCAAUUUCUCUAAUAAACUUAUAAAAUUAUCAUUGUU